GCCUGCCAGCCCGGGGGACCGCGCCGCCAGAGCCCGGCCGGGGCAGCUGCGGGCCGGGGGCGGGCCCUGGCCCCCACCAUGCGGGCCGAGCUCUGGCUCCUCGUGCUGGUGCUCAGGGAGGCUGCCCGGGGGCUGAGCCCCCAGCCCGGAGCAGGUCAGGAUGCAGGCCGAGACUCUGGAGGGGCCGUCCAGGGGACCACCAUGCAGGGCUGGAAUCGGAGAGCCCGAGAGAUCCCUGGCCAGGUGUCGGAGCCGGACAGGACUCAGCUGAGCCAGGACCUGGGUGGGGGCACCCUGGCCAUUGACACACUGCCGGAUAACGGGACCAGGGUGGUGGAGGACAACCACAGCUACUACGUGUCCCGUGUCUAUGGUCCCAGCGAGCCCCGCAGCCGGGAGUUGUGGGUGGACGUGGCCAAGGCCAACCAGAGCCAAGUGAAAGUUCACCGAAUCCUCUCCAACACCCACCGGCAGGCUUCGAGAGUGGUCUUGUCCUUUGAUUUCCCUUUCUACGGGCAUCCUCUGCGGCAGAUCACCAUAGCAACCGGAGGCUUCAUCUUCAUGGGUGAUGUGGUCCAUCGGAUGCUCACGGCUACUCAGUAUGUGGCUCCUCUGAUGGCCAACUUCAACCCUGGCUGCUCCGACAACUCUACGGUUGCUUACUUCGACAAUGGGACAGUCUUUGUUGUUCAGUGGGACCACGUCUACCUCCAGGACCGGGAGGACAGGGGCAGCUUCACCUUCCAGGCAGCUCUGCACCAAGACGGCCGCAUUGUAUUCGGCUACAAAGAGAUCCCUGUGCCCGUCCUGGAAAUCAGCUCGUCCCAGCACCCCGUCAAAGCAGGCCUGUCAGAUGCCUUCAUGAUUCUCAAUCCAUCCCCGGACGUACCAGAAUCUCGGCGAAGGACCAUCUUCGAAUACCACCGCGUGGAGCUGGACCCCAGCAAGGUCACCAGCACAUCUGCCGUGGAGUUCACCCCAUUACCAACCUGCCUGCAGCAUCGGAGCUGCGACACUUGCAUGUCCUCAGACCUGAUCUUCAACUGCAGCUGGUGCCAUGUCCUCCAGAGAUGCUCCAGUGGCUUUGACCGCUACCGCCAGGAGUGGCUGUCCUACGGCUGUGCCCAGGAGGCAGAGGGCAGGACGUGUGAGGACUUCCGGGACGAGGACUCCUUCUCGUCCUCCCCCGACAGCUCCUUCAGCCCCUUUGACGGAGACCUCACCACCACCUCCUCUUCCCUCUUCGUCGACAGCCUCACCACGGAAGAUGACACCAAGUUGAAUCCCUAUGCAGAAGGAGAGGGCCUUCAGAACAACCUGUCGCCCAAGACAAAGGGCCCCCCCUUGCACCUGGGCACCAUCGUGGGCAUCGUGCUGGCCAUCCUCCUCUUGGCGGCCAUCAUCCUGGCCGGGAUCUAUAUCAAUGGCCACCCCACCUCCAACGCUGCGCUCUUCUUCAUCGAGCGGAGACCUCGCCACUGGCCGGCCAUGAAGUUCCGCAACCACCUCAACCACUCCACCUACACAGAAGUUGAGCCCUCAGGCCACGAGAAGGAGGGCUUCGUGGAGGCCGAGCAGUGCUGAGAGCGCCAGGUCUCCCUUGGAAGGAAGACCCGGGGACCUCGGAAAACAUGAGUCAAAGCAAAGCAGAGGAGUGACUUUCCUUGGCCUCCUCUGAACACACCCUGGCUGGGAAGAUGAGCCCAUGGUCUGUGGUGCCAGAGCUAUAGUUUGGCCAUCACAUCCCAAAUAUUGAAGCAGGAGGCAGAGAAGCAACCACAUUGAAUUUUUAAGGAGCAAUAACCUAAUUUCAUCCUGUUUUGACGCCAGGGGUCUCCCCUUCUGAGUCUCUCAACGGUCUACUCUGUAGCUGCCUCAGAGGUCCCCUCCCACCUGGAGACAGCCAGAUGCCCUACUCUGGUCACCUAGCGCCCCUGCAUAUGACACAAGAGAACCCAGCUCUAGAUUGGGGCUGCUGUAUUCCAGGGUCCAUAGACUCAAGAGCUGGUCCUCAAGGCUAUGGAUUCAGCAUAUUUUGCCCCAGCUUCUGUGUUCUGGAAGUCUGAAGAAGGAGUUCUGUCCAUCUGUUAAAACACAGCUUUGGCUGCUCCCAGCCCUUUUGGCAAGCCACUGACUGGCAUGCUGGCAUCAGAAGAAAGCCAAAUGAGACAAGAAAGAACUUGUGGGAAGAUCGUAUUUUUAGGCUUCACUACCCAAGCUUGACCUUUCUGCUGAGAACCAGUACUUCUGCAACAAACACGUGUGUUGCCCGUGUUGCGGGCUUUAUCCAACUGCGGCCCAGCCUGGGCCUGGCGAGCUGUGCUGUGCAUGGCCACGUCUACCCUGCGGGCUCUUCAUUCCAAUGGCACGUUUCGUGUCCACUGUAUUCACUGGCCUGGUCUUCUGUCAGUGCCAGUAAGUACCUCCAAAGGCUGGGCCUGCCUGAUUAAUAUUUUUCCUCCUCUGAGCUGGAAUUUUUAUAGCCAUUAAAGAGAAACAAGGUGGAGAGAGGGCUUCUUGAAACAUACCCAGCAGGGAACUUCAGUUGGAUUCUGUUGAAAAGCAAAGCCUCCAGAAGGAUUGGGAUAGAGGAAGCUGGUGUGGGAGAGAGGGACUUUAUGCGUAAGACCUUGACCUGGAAAGUUGCUUGCAUCUCCCCAGCUCUGCCGGAAGUUCUUGGGGCAGAGAGUUUAGGCUCCCAAACUUAAUCUGGUUUUAAGGGAGUUCUGUCCCAGGGAUGAGUUGGGGUUGCUUCUGAAGAGCAUUUCAAGUGAAAACCUAUAGUUUACCCUCAUUCAAAGUGAAAAACAUCAUCAGCAAAUAAAUAUUAAAUCACAGUC